CUUCGUUGCCGCCUCCUCACUCUCUUCGCCGGUGAGUUUCUCAAGUGUUAACACUAUUCCUUCCAAUUUAUGGCGUUUCCCAAGUUUUAUUCCAUCAGGUUUUAUAUCUUGAGGCCAAGGUUUAUUUUGCUAGUAACCUUGUAGAUUCAGCUUCUUCUUCAGUGUUGUAAAGAUGGUGGAGACACUAUUUGAAGAUAUAUUUUGAAUUGAUGCGAUAGAUCCAGAUGGAAAAAAGUUUGAUAGGGUCUCUCGUAUUUCUGCUAGGAGUGAGCAGUUUGACAUGCUGAUACAUCUUGAUGUCAACAUUGAGAUUUAUCCGAUGCAUGCUGGGGAGAAGUUCAUGCUGGUAUUAGCGUCCACUUUGAACUUGGACGGAACUCCCGAUUCUGGUUAUUACACUCCGGGUAACAAGAAGUCGCUUGCUGACAAAUUCGACUUUGUCAUGCAAGGUAAACUGUACAGAAUCUCUGAGGAAUCUAGCGAGAAGCAAGUCAAAGCGGAUAUAUACGUCUCAUUCGGUGGACUCUUAAUGAUGCUCAAGGGGGAUCCUUCCAUUGCUGCUAGAUUUGAACUUGACCAGAGGCUGUUUAUUCUAAUUAGGAAGGUUUGAGUAGAGAUGUUACUGGGCAAAGAAAUGCCUCAGCUUUCGUACUAUGCUAUUGGCUAAAUUGUUCCCUGCAUUUGAAUGGCUGAUGCCUGAUAAUAUACUAGCACAACUGAGAAUUUCGUAUGUAUGAAUAAAUGCUAGUUUGUAUUAGUAUAUAUGUGCUUGUAGCCCAAACAAGCAAAUUAUGAAAAUCUGAUUUUGUGUUUGACUGUAAAGGCUAAAGAGAGAGAGCGAGGGUUGAUUUUCCCUUUAUUUUUUCUCUCUAAAAGUUGAUAUAUUCACAAUGUAUACUAUUAACCCCAAUUAAAAUUAAUAGUUUAGUA